AAAAAAAAUGCAUGUUAGCUGUGACCACGCAGGUGUCUUGUUUCACUGUUCUUUGGCGCAUUUAGUUUUCUCAUUGUCUUUGGUCUCUUCAUUCAUCCCAGACUGACUCCAUGAAGAUCAGGGCUCCAUGGAGUCUGACCAUCUGCUGCAGGACUUGUCUCUGAAGAUUAUUCUUAAGAACUUGCUAUUUGAUUGGGUUGCGCUGCAGAAUACAUACAGCCCCUAAACAUUUAAAGUGUCUAUAGCCUUGGUACAGUUCCGUAUUUCACCUGGUAAUUGACUAAGAAUAUAAAUCAAAAUGGACACUUUUGAAACACUCUCACCAUUCUAUAGUUGUGAUCAACUUUGUAGAUCUGUAAAUGCAUUUUAAUAUAAGAUAAUUAAUUGAUUGGACAGAACAUACAAUACACUUUCAGUCUGCUUAUUGCUCGGCUAUUAUUUAUUUAAUAUUUGCAUUCGAACUAUAAAGAUUGAACAGGAAUGAAAGCUGAAACUGAUGGUUUGAUUUUCUAUAUUAUGUUUAAGCCUUGGGGGAAGUCAUUUUAAAAGGAAAACACUUUUUACUUAAAAAAUGUACAAACUCUUAAAAACAUUCUCUCUGUUCAAACUCUCUUAAUUCUUCUGAUGUCUUUUUAUUUAUUUUUGAAGGUCCGACCACAUCUAAUUGUUGUGACGUUUGCAUAAAAGCAUCUGGAGGUUUUUAAGAAAAUUGCAAAUCUGAAAGGGGCUGUAUUUGAGUCAGUGAAUGAUUCCUCGUAUAUUGAGUUGAAACUGUUCUGUGUCUGUUGUUUUUGUUCUCUUUUGGUCCUCAGUGCAGGUCAGUGGAUCUCUGACAUGUGUCGGGCUGUUUGCUCCAGGCCUCAUCACUCCAGAUUGUGUACCAUUGUUCUGUUGGUUUGGCUCAUCCUUGUUCUAAAAGCAGUUUUCUCUUUUUGUUUGAGUUGCAGGCCGUUGAUGGCGUCCCACUUUUUCCUUCUGUUACACGUUUUGCUGUGUUUUUGAGGUUGAAGACAACAUUUGGGAAAUCAAGGUUUCAGUGUCCUACAGAAAUCAUCAGUCUGGUAUACAGUGACACUAUUCACACAGCUUAGUUGCAUUGGUUGUAGGGCUGUGGUUUAGCAGUCAGUAUGGCGGUAGUCAUCAGACUGCAGGGUCUGCCCAUAAUGGCUGGGACCAUGGACAUCAGACACUUCUUCUCUGGCCUCACCAUCCCUGACGGGGGAGUGCACAUCGUAGGUGGUGAGCAUGGCGAGGCCUUCAUCGUUUUUGCCACUGAUGAGGAUGCUCGGCUGGGGAUGAUGCGUACGGGCGGGUCCAUUAAAGCCUCCAAAGUGUCGCUGUUGCUGAGCAGUAAGACAGAAAUGCAGAAUAUGAUUGAACUCAGUCGCCGCAGGUUUGAGGCUGGAGCAGGUGCUGUUGAAACAGCUGCACCUACAGCAGGAAAUGCCAAUCGGCAAGGGGGCACUGCCCAUAUACCCACAGUGCAGUCAGGGGCAGGGGGGAGAAGUGGUAGCCAUGGAAACCAGGGUUUCAGUAACACCUCUGCCUUAGUGACAGCUGCAAGCUCAAUACAGGAGCCACCAAGCCACAAAGUAAUAGCCAGCUUGGCUAGCAUAGUGCACUGCUUCCCCAACAGCUACAGCUCCACACCUACAAUCACCACAGCUCUUGCAUCACUCAAUGCAGGCCCCCCGCCCAUCCCUCCACUUCCCAGCAUGCCAUCCAUGCCCCCAAUGCCUACACUGCCCAACAUUCCAGUUCCCCCUCAAGUGUCCUCGCUACCCCCUGUCCCUACUGUCUCCCCCAUGUCACAAGGCCCUCCAAUGCCUCCUAUGUCUCACCUCUCCCACAUGUCUUCCAUGCCUCCCUUUAACCCCUCCCUACCUCCCCCAGCAGGAUUAGGCCCAGGUCUUCCUCUUGGAACCCCCAACCCAAUGCUGUUUAAUCCUCUCUCCCCCCUGGCCUCUCUUGGCCUUCAGGCCCACAUGAAGGCUGCAGCAGCUGCAGCCUCUGGGGUAGGAAUAGCUAAUCCGGAUGAGUUGUUUGUCCUACUGCAGAAUCUCCCAUUCUCCUGCUCAGAGUUGGAGGUCAGGGAAUUCUUCCGGGGUCUGAGUGUGGAUGGGGCUCGUCUGCUGAGAGAUGGGCAAGGUCGGCCAAGUGGCAGGGCUAUUGUCAAGUUCUUCUCACCUCAGGACAGCUUUGAAGCAGUGAAGCGGGGAGGUGGCAUGAUGGGUCAAAGGUUCAUUGAAAUCACUCCAUCCUCUGAGCGGCAGUGGGCCAGCCUCGGUGACGGUAUGAUGGGUCAUGCUCCACACAAUAGCAGCAAAUCAGAUCACAUCAACGAAUUUCAUGACCACCAGCACCGUCGUGGAAAUGCUGGUUCCGGGGGUAGGGAUCAGCGAGGAAGGUCAAGAUCUCCCCAUCGCCAGGAAUUCUGUGUCUACCUGAAGGGCCUCCCCUAUGAGGCAGACAAGAAACAGAUUAAGGAGUUCUUUAAUAAUUUGUCUAUUGUGGAGGACAGUGUCUACAUCGCCUAUGGACCUAAUGGACGAGCCACAGGAGAAGGCUUCCUUGAGUUCAAAGCAGAACAGGACCACAAGACUGCUCUGGGUUCUCACAUGCAGUACAUGGGCACCCGCUUUAUCCAGGUCCAGCCAAUCAGCCGGAAAGGAAUGCUUGAAAAGAUUGAUUCCAUCCGCAAACGUGAAGCAACACAGGGUGAUGGAAAGAACCAGGAUGGCCUGAAAGCUCCCAGGAACUGCGCCCACAUUACCAACAUUCCUUACAACAUCUCCAAGAAGGAUGUUCGUGCCUUCCUCGACGGUGUAGGGAUUUAUGAAGACACCCUGAAGGUUCUGGCAGAUAGCCAUGGCAAUGGUUUAGGACAAUCCAUCUUCCAGCUGCGAACUGAGGAAGAUGCCCGCAAGGCUGAAAGACUGCACCGUCAAAAACUCAAUGGCCGCGAUGCCUUUAUCCACCUAGUGACCUUUGAGCAAAUGAAGGAAAUAGAGAGAAAUCCUCCCCCACAGAACAAGAGGGGCCAACGCAACCAAAAUCAGCAGGGCCAAAGUCAGAAUCCGCACCAGCAAACCCAGUCCAGUCCCCAGCAGCCCCAGAUCAACCCAUUUGCUGGGAUCAGUGGGGAAGAGUUUAACUUUCUCAGAAACACUAUGGGGAACCUUAAUAAUGCCCAAUUUGUAACUCCAUUCUCAGCCCCAGGGAAUGGGCUGGCAGGCCCUCCUCCUCUGCCUCCCCUGGCAGCAGGGCUGGGCGAUGUGAAUCUGGGUUUGGCUCCACCACUAGUUGCCGGUCUUCCUGGAGUACCAAUCAUGGAACCACCAGGCUUUCGAACUGGAGGAGGACUUUCAUUCAGUCAAGAUGGGCUUAGAGGCUUGGUGUCCUUUGAAAGUGCCAACAGAAAAUCAAGUGGAGGAGGACAGAAUAGAGGAGGAGGUGCUAACAACAACCAAGGACGUCCAGGUGGUGGGGCCACAGGUGGGCAGCAGGUGUUCACUCAAGGAGCUGACAGUCUCCGUAACCAGCCAGCCCCCGGCGGAUCCAGCAAUCCCAAUAGUCAACGUGGUGGUGCUGGCCCAACAAUUGUAAAACUUCAGAACAUGCCAUUCACUGUAACCGUGGAUGAGAUCAUGGACUUCUUCUAUGGCUACCAGGUGUUGCAAGGCUCCAUUUGCCUGCAGUUCAGUGAGAAAGGCCUACCAACUGGCGAGGCCAUGGUGGCCUUUCAGAACCACGAGGAGGCUGCUGCUGCUGUCUUGGACCUCAAUGACCGACCUAUUGGCGCUCGUAAGGUCAAAAUAAGCCUUGGGUAAAGCCCUACCCAAAACAGACUAACUGUAGAUACAAGAUGUUACACCUACCUGGAUCAAAAAUCUAGGUAAAAGCAAUUAUACCAGAUUAGAUUUAAAACUCAAUGUUUUUUCAGUUUAGACCUUGCCCUGUCUGCUCACUGUCAGUUAUUACUGAAGCGCCUCCUCUCCUUGUGUGUAGAUAAUAGCAGGUAGGCCCCAGCCCCUGCAGUCUGUCCAAUAGGAAGACUCUGAUCCAGACUUUGUUCUUUCCUGCAGCUCCUCCACUGACUAUCGUAACACAAACUGAUGAUGGUGAUUUUGGUCUUAUCUUGUCUUGUUUCCAUGACAGCUUUGCAGCAUUUUGUCCAAUAAUGUCAAGAGUUGAUGCAUUGAUCAUACUCUACACCUGUUGUGCUGCUAUGGUACCAUGAUGGUUUAAUGAGCAAUUCUUGCUUUUUGCGUUUCAAUAUGCUGUGCUGGUGCAAUGGUAAGAUGAUAUCAUGCGCUGUUGCCACAAAAAAAUAUAUGAUGAAAAGUCACAGUACAAAUGCCAUGAUAACAUGUCAAUGCUCUGUUGCUGUUGUAACAUCUUAAAAUGCUCUGUUGCUUUGAUAAACUCUGAAAAUGCAUUUUUUGCUGUGGUCUAAUCUUCAAAUGCCAUGUUGCAGUGACAAGUUUAAGAUGCUGUGUUGCGAUGGUAAAACCUGCUGUAGAUUACGUGUUGGUGCUCUGUCGCUACGGUAAUGUCUUCUUUGCAUUUCCUGUUGCUACGAUAAAAUCAUAACGUAAAGCUAUGUUGCUGUUAUCUAAUGUUAAUGCUCUGUUGCUCUGGUGAAAUGUUGACAUGCCUUGUUGCAUCGUUGUCACAUGACUAUACAUUUCUGUUUUGCAGUGCUCUGUGGAUGUGGGAUGGACAGAUUCCUUACUCAUGUUUAAUUUUGUAAAUAAUGCACUGGGGCUGCUGAAUCCUUUCCCUCUUGUCUUAUUUUUCUGAUGUUGCUGUGUUUUGACAAUGCGACUACCCCCAACCCCCAAGCCUAUCCUUUGCACAUGCUCAGUAGUUUUUUGGGGGAUUGUACAACGUUGAGAUUAGGUCUAGCAUUUUUAGUUUGGUAGCUGUUUGUUGUAUGUAGAUUUGACAAUGUUUUGGAUGUUUCCACCUUGAAGCUCAUUUUUUUGUUCCUAUUGUCAGUGUAAACAAAUGUGUAUGAUCAUAUAACCAUACAUGAUGUGGAGUCGUCUUUGCUUUGGUUAAUAAAAGGACAUUCCUGAUGCACUAAUGCUCACCUGCAAUCAGCUCUCUCUAAUUGCCUGCUCUUUCCUGUCUGCUGAUGGAUGGAUGAUGGAAACUCAUUCAUCGAGUUUCUGGGUCAAUUUUCUUUCAUCUUGAAUUGUAAUCCGAGUUGGUUUUAUUUGGAACACGGAUGACUUUCAUUCUGACAUUUUCAGUGCAGUAUGAGGUACUUAAAUCUUAAACUUUUUAAAUGCAAUCUUUGCCUUUUUUUAUAUUGGAAAUAUAGCUUUAUUUAGCAGAAUAAGAAAUUGAAACUAUCCCUUCUGCUUGCAGCUCGGCCAAUAAUAACCUUUCCUUUCUGACAAACAGUGGCUGAUAGAUGCUAACUGCUGAGCACUGCUACAGUAGCAGGGAAGCAAAUUUCUGACAGGCCAUCAUGGAGACGAAGCUACCACCUUUUUAUUGGAUUAAUUUGGCAUGAUUUAAUGUUGUGUAUAAUUAUAUAUUGCCUGAAGAACUUCAAAGCUUUCAUGACUAAUGGUCUAAAUCUUGUUUGUCACAUCAUCUGCUCUUAGCUUGUGUGGUGUAAAAAUAAAGCCACUGAACCAUUUAUAGUUGGUUGCACAAUUGCAGCUGUACUCAACUUCACUAGCAGAAAGUAUCAGUAGAGGUUGUUCUGACAAAAGGAAAUAUCUGCUCAGGAAGUGGUUUAUCUCUAAAUGGCUACCCUGAUCGCAAUGCUCUACUAGCUGUGCACACUGUGUGUUUGUGUGCAUGAGGUCUUAAUAAAGUGAAAUAAAACAC